UUUGGGGGUACUGCAGGAUAAUCAGGAGGGCCGUGGGGAGUCAAGAGGUGACCCGGGAUGCCGGUGGUGGGGAAAGAAAACAGGAGCUUCGGGAAGCUUGGAGGCAAAAUUGCGCUUGGGUUCCUGUUCCUUGCAUCCCUCCUGCCUUCAGUGCGGGAGAGCACUUUUUAAAGACUCACCUUGGAAAGAAAGCCUCCGUCCCAAGGGAGAAGGAGAGGCGUCUGCAGGGGGCAGAGACCGCAGCUACCUGCCGGGUGCGCCCCCCACCCAGGAGCGCUCGCUUCGCCCCCUUUCCUCCCCCGCCCCCACCUCCUUAUUGGUGCUAGUUUGCAGCGCCCAGCUCCUGCGCCUUCGCUUCGCGUUUGAAUCUGGCUCGCCCCUUCGUAUUAUGUCUGCACUCCGAAGGAAAUUUGGGGACGAUUACCAGGUAGUGACCACAUCGUCCAGCGGCUCGGGCUUGCAGCCCCAGGGGCCAGGCCAGGACCCUCAGCAGCAGCUUGUGCCCAAGAAGAAGCGGCAGCGGUUCGUGGACAAGAACGGCCGGUGCAAUGUACAGCACGGCAACCUGGGCAGCGAGACAAGCCGCUACCUCUCGGACCUCUUCACCACGCUGGUGGACCUCAAGUGGCGUUGGAAUCUCUUCAUCUUCAUUCUCACCUACACUGUGGCCUGGCUCUUCAUGGCGUCCAUGUGGUGGGUGAUCGCCUACACUCGGGGCGACCUGAACAAAGCCCACGUCGGUAACUACACGCCUUGCGUGGCCAAUGUCUAUAACUUCCCUUCUGCCUUCCUCUUCUUCAUCGAGACCGAGGCCACCAUCGGCUAUGGCUACCGAUACAUCACAGACAAGUGCCCCGAGGGCAUCAUCCUCUUCCUCUUCCAGUCCAUCCUUGGCUCCAUCGUGGACGCCUUCCUCAUCGGCUGCAUGUUCAUCAAGAUGUCCCAGCCCAAGAAGCGCGCCGAGACCCUCAUGUUCAGCGAGCACGCGGUGAUCUCCAUGAGGGACGGAAAACUCACGCUUAUGUUCCGGGUGGGCAACCUGCGCAACAGCCACAUGGUCUCCGCGCAGAUCCGCUGCAAGCUGCUCAAAUCUCGGCAGACACCUGAGGGUGAGUUCCUUCCCCUUGACCAACUUGAACUGGAUGUAGGUUUUAGUACAGGGGCAGAUCAACUUUUUCUUGUGUCCCCACUCACAAUUUGCCACGUGAUCGAUGCCAAAAGCCCCUUUUAUGACCUAUCCCAGCGAAGCAUGCAAACUGAACAGUUCGAGAUUGUCGUCAUCCUAGAAGGCAUUGUGGAAACAACUGCAACGGAAGUCAAGUUUUCCUCAUGUCUUGGCUCUCUGACAUCCUUUCUGUCUCUUCCUCUGUGUGUAAGGACUCAUGUGAUUAGAUUGGACCCACCUGAAUAAUUCAUAACAAUCUCCCUAUCUCCAAACUAGCUGAUUAGUGACCAUAACCACUGAAAUAAAUGCUUAUUAAUUUACCUUCAUAUGGACUCAAAACUGAAAAUCAUGCCUAAAAUAGUAGUUUAUUGUAAAUGUUUUGUAGAAGAAAGCCUGGUGAAUAGCAAUAAAGCAAGUAUGUCCUCUUAUUAAGGUGUUGUAUUUCCAGAAGUUAUAUUUUUUCUCAUAUUUCUCCUAUUGAACAACAUUAAUGAAUAUAUUAUAUGACUAUUAUGUGCAACAUAUAAAUAAAAUAAAAGCUUCCUUAUGUUUUAUUUGUACACAAUUAUAUUAUACUGCUAUAAUUAAUUAAGUGAUUAAUUGACAAAGACUUCAUUUUAGUUUCAGUAUCUAUAGGGUUAGGUUAUAAACUUUGCUAAUUUGUAAUAGUAUUAUGCUACUAAUUGUUGCUAAUAUAAUUAAAAUAUCUGUACUGAAGAAAUUUUAGACACAACUAAUAUAUAUAAAUUAUGGAACUUUCAAACAUUUAACAAGUUAUGUUGUUCCCUAAUGCAAUGGUAACUUAUUCCAAAACUGAUUAGAAUUCUAUUUCUCUAACUUUUAUAAAUUCUUAUCUUGAAAUUAUAUUAUUUAUGAGAUAGCUUCUGAACAGCAUAAUUUUAUUGCUGUCAGGCUAGCAUAAACAAGUAGAAAAAUACAUAAGCAACAACAAUAAAAACCUUACAUUAUUGAUUUAUUAUCAUAGCUGCUUGUGCCUUUCAUACAAUUUUUUCACCGUCCAGAACUAAUUUGAUCUAUGGCUUGGAUUUGUCCUUGUGGAUUUGUGAUUAACCAGCAGCUUUUGCCAUUUUGUUUUCAUUGCAGUUCUUCCUUCUACAGAUGAAAAUGAACAAAGGUGUAGGUUUUGAGCCUCAAAUAACAGUGAAAAUCCUCGUUAUUUAUAUUUGCUAGUCAAAAAUAAGUAUAUUUCACUUUUUUCCUUGGUGGUAGAUAAUUAUUUUUCUCCAGAAAAACUGAAAAUUUGUAUUUGUGAUUUGGAAAAACUGAGUUUUGCAUAUUAUCAUUGUAAUAGCAAAACACUUCUUUAUCUAUAUUGCUUUAUAAUAAUAACUUAGGGAUGAGGGAUAAAAGACUACAAAUCAGGUUCAGUGUAUACUUCUCGAGUGAUGGGUGCACCAAAAUCUCACAAAUUACCCCUAAAGAACUUAUUCAUGUAACCAAAUACCACCUACUCCCCAAAAACCUAUGGAAAUAAAAAAAUUUAAAAAUCAUAAGUUAGAUGAAUUUAUUUUACUGAUAUUUUUCUAAUUUUUUGAAAUGGAAGUUUAGCUUAUUGACUUUUGGCCUAUGUUUUUAAUAUAUGCUAUACAUUUUCUUCUAAGAUGCAAAUUUAUCUCUAUGGAAAGCUUUAGCUACAUCUCAUAAAUUUGAAUAAUAUAGUAUUUCAUUACAUAUCAAAAUAAUUUCUAAUUUUUAUUUCAUUUUUGAACCAGGAUAUUUAGAACUUUAUUUCAUAAUUUGCCAAGUAUGUGACAUUUCAAAUUAAGCUUUAUUAUUAAUAUCUAGUUUAGUUGCUUUAUAGACAAAGAAUAUGUCCUAUAUGAUCUGCAUCCAUUCACCUAUCCAUUUUUAUUAUGUGUGCCUUUCUGUGUAUUUGUUACAUUUCACCUAAAAGGUUGAAAGGUUAAGGCAGUCUCUCAUAAUAUGUAAUACAAUUAAAUAAUUAUGUCCUCUAGAAAGAAAGGUUUUAUUUAUUUAUAUUAUAGUAGUUUGUUAGGGCUGUUUUAAUAAAGUACCAAACAAGGUGGCUUAAGCAAUAGAAAUUUGUUUUUUCACAGUUCUGGAGGCUUGAAGCCCAAGAUCAAGCUAUCAGUAGGGCUGGUUUCUUCUGAGCCCUCUGCUUGGCUUAUUGAUAGAAUCUUCUCCAAGUGUCUACACAUACUUUUCCUUCUGUUUGUGUGUGACCUAAUCUUCUCUUCUUAUAAAGACAACAGUCAUAUUGGAUUAGGGCACCCUAAUUACUUCAUUUUAACUGAAGUACCACCUCUUUAAAGACUCCUUUGCCAAUACAGUCACAUUCUGAGUAAUUGGGGGUUAGAGUUUUAACACAUGAAUUUUGGAAGGACACAAUUCACACCAUAACACCAAUUAAAAUUACUUUUUACCCAUUAAAGGCAAUGUAACUGCCUUUAUUUUCAUUACAAAGUAAUUUCCUCUUGUACAUUUCCAUACAAAUAAAAUAGCUUGGUGUUAUUAUCUUCAGUGCUGAAAAAUAUAUUCUUGAAUAUAUAAACAUUUUGAUGUACUCAAAUUGAGAUUGUUUUUCUUUAGAAAGUGCUAUUGUCACAAUAAAAGUAAUACAACAAAAAAUAGUAGUUUUCCUUUGCAAUAGCAAUAGUCAACUAGGAAAUGUGAUGGAAAAAAAUCAAAUCCAUUCAUAACAACAUAAACUACCACAUAAACUACAAAAUACAGAUGAAUAUAUCUAAGAAAGAAUAUGAAAGAUAGACAAAAUGAAAAGUAUGGGGCUUUAAAGAAGGAUUUUAAAAACUUGAUGAAAUUGAGAGAUAUAUGUUUUUGGUUAAAACAAAACUCUAUAAGCUAUUAACUUACUAAAAAUUAUUUAUUUGGUGCAUUAUUAACUAUACAAAUUGGAAAUAUUAUGAAACUUUCUAUGAGGAUCCCAGUAAUAGCUAAUCACUAAGUUUUCCUAUUUACUAUUUGUAACUUUUCAAGUACACAUUAUUUGUUAGGUCCAAAAAUUUCUCAAAUAUUUACUAUUUGUAAGAUUCUAUGUGAGUCUUCAUACUUCUCUAUCCUUGAUACCCCCAAAUGUAAAUUGGGGACAAUAAUUGUGCCAGUAUGACAAAGUGUUAGUUAGCUUGAAAUUCUGUUAAGCUACAUAAACAUAUAGAACACUGUAAGUAAAGGAAGCUAUUCGUGAUGUGACUUGAUGCAGAUUAAAAUUUCUGUAUCAUAAAAAUAAUCAUGAAGAGAAACAAUAACAAAACAAUUAUGUGAAACAAAACAAUUAUGUCUAAAACAUUAAAACUGUAUAGCCAAUCAGUAUGUGACACUGUUAAUAAAAAUUAUAUUGUUCAAUCUUUAGAUAUCAGUUAUUGUUCUAAGACAGCAAUCCUAUUUGGUUAGCAUUAUUGACCUCCGAUGAAGACUCUAAUUCUCUCUUAUUGGAUAAGAAUUUUUCUCUAAUGAUGUAUAAUGCAAUGACCAUUGUUUUUGUAGCAAGAUUUUUCAGUGAUUAAAAUAUUUCAUUGUAAUGGAUUGCUACAACUAUAAUUAUAAAGUCAAAGGCCAGUGAUAUGACAGUCCCCUGUUGCUUUCAAUACAGGUUAUACCAAUUAUACUACCACAGAAAUGGAUGAUAGUAAUGUUUAUUAAUAAAAACGUUCUGAUUGUCUAAAAGCCAUUUAGAAACAGCAUGGUGUGUUGGCUUAUUAAAAUUUUGUUGAUACUAACGUUAGGAAAAAUGUCUGUAUUUCUUUUGUUAUUUCUUUAUUUAUUGUUGCCUUUAUGCACAUUCAAGAUUGUAAGAAAUCACAUUAAUUGUGGAGUUUUUUUCCAGAUUUUAGCACUGAAGUAUAAAUACCAGUCCUUCACUCAAGUUUCAGUUUUCAGUGGAAUGACCUUUUCUCAUACUUACUGUGUUUUAUGUUACGAUUUCGGAUCCUGAAUAUUUUGCUUUCUUAUAACUACAUGAAUUGUUUUUAAUCAUGGUUUUAAAAUUACAUUUAAAAAUGUUGUGUAUUUGACAACUCUGAAAGAAUGGAGAUGGAAAAGCCUUCUAGAAGGUACUGCAGGUGUUGGGAAGAGCUGACUCUGUGGCAUUUAUAAGUGAUAGAUUUUAAACAUCAUUCAGAAGACAUUCAAAAAAUUAUACAUUUACUUCUGUUGUAUAAUAUGUAGAUUUGUUCAUUUAUUCAUGAAAUGUGUCUUACCCUUUUUUUAGAAAACAUAUUAUUUUGAAAUAAUUCUACAGAAAAGUUAUGUAAUUAGCAGAGUUCCCACUUACACUUAACCUCGCUUUUAAUGUUACUGUCUUUCAGAACCAUAGUACAAUUAUCAAAAACAGAAAAUUAGCAUUGUCUCCAUAAUUUUUUACUACGACUCUUACUUGAUUUUUGCCGAUUUUCCCACCACUAUUUUUUAAUAACCUUUUUUACUUUAGAAUAGUUUUGGAUUUAUAGGACAACGCCAAGAUUUACAAAGUUCCCAUCUAUUCCCAUUUUGUAUCAUGAGUAAAUACUAACCGUUAUCAAAUACUAUUUCUCAAUCUACUGAAUGGUCUUUUUAUGACAUUAAUGUGAUAAAUAACAUUGAUGUUUGAAUAUUUAAUUAACCUAGCACUCCUUCAAUAAACCUUAUGUGAACAUUUCUUUCUUUUUUUUUUUUUUUUGAAAUGGAGUUUCUCUCUUGUUGCCCAGGCUGGAGUGAAAUGGCGUGAUCUCGGCUCACUGCAACCAACCUCUGCCUCCUGGGUUCAAGCAAUUCUCCUGCCUCAGCCUCCUGAGUAGCUGGGAUUCCAGGCAUGUGCCACCACGCCCAGCUAAUUUUUUGUGUUUUUAGUAGAGAUGGGGUUUCAUUAUGUUGGCCCGGCUGGUCUCAAACUCCUGACCUCAGGUGAUCCACCCGCCUUGACCUCCCAAAGUGCUGGGAUUACAGGCGUGAGCCACUGCACUCAGCUGUAAACAUUUCUUGAAUAAUACUUCAAUACAUGGUAUAAUAUCCUUUUUAUAUCAUGGUGAAUUUGAGUUGGAACUGUUUUACUUAGGGUUUACAUGUCUAUUUUUGAGAUAUUAGCUUACAGGAUUUUUUCAGUGAAAGUUACAUAUAAUGUCCUUGUGAAGUUUCUCAUGAGGUUAUACAGGCCUUAUAAAACUAGUUGGUAAAAUUUUUCUCUAUUUUUAAGAAUGCAUAAGAUUGAUAUUAUUUCUGCUUUAAAUAUUUGAUAAAUUUGCUUGUGAAGUUAUCUGUGGUUGAAGUUUUUAAUGUAGCAGGUUUUAAUUACAAAUUUAAUUUUUAAAUCAGAUACAACACUAUUAAGAUUUUCUACUUUUUCUUGUGUUGGUUUUGGUCAGUUAUAUUUCCAAGGAAUUUGUCUAUUUAUUUUAAGUUAUCAAAUGUAUUGAUGUAAAGUUGUUUGUGAUACCUUUGUAUUAUUUUUAUAAUAUUUUCAAGAUCUGUAGUGAUACUUCUUUUCAUUACCAUAAUUGGAAAUGUGUAUUUUUUACCUUUUUCUUCCCAUCAGUAUUGCUAGAGAUUUUUCCACAUUUUUAGAGUUUUUCAGAGAAUAAAAUCUUGAAUUUCUCCAUUGUAUGUCUGGCAUAUUUGCCAUUAAUUUAUUCUAUUACUGUUCUUUUGUUCUUUCUUCUACUUCUUGAGAUUGAUUUACCAUAUUUGUUUUUGAGAUGUAAGCUUACAUUAAUGAGUCUUUUUUUAUUAAAUUCAAAAUAUGAGUAUUCUCUGGUUUUCAUUUGGAUAACUUUUGUCAUGUGUUUAGAGUUUUGUUGCUAAAUUUUCAAAUAUUUUAAUGUUUUACAAAAUCUGACAUUAGGCAUUUACAAACAUUAUUCUGUCUAAGGAAUCCAUGCCACAAAAAAGGUUAAGGAUACCUGUAAAUAAAUGUAGCCAUAGGAGGUACUCAAAUUCAAGUAAUUUUGCUUUUUAUUCCAGCAUAGUAGAUUAUUUCUGACCAUGGUCAGCAUUUUAUGUUCAUAAAAUCUGCGAGGGCAUAAGUAUUUUGUACUAAGUUUCUUAUUCACAUUGUUUUUACAAAUCUGUUUUUCUUCUUUGCUUGAAAUCGAAUGCAAACUAAUAUGUUCUUUAUUGCUUUUUUUUUGUUAUGGCAUUAUUUAUUAAAUUAAACCUCGAUGUCCAACACUAAGAAAAUUAUGAUUUUCAUCAUAAUACAUUUUACCCCAUGGAAUCGUUUACAACCAAUAGCAGGGUUAAUUAUGAAGGGAUGUAGCAACUGAGGAAAUAGUUACAGCAAUGUUAAAUAGAUAAAACUAGCAAAAGGCACAUCUUACAUGGUGGCAGGCAAGAGACAGUGAGAGCCAACUGAAAGGGGAGACCCCUUAUAAAACCAUCAGGUCUUGUGGACCUUAUUCACUACCAUGAGAACAGUAUGGGGGAAACUGCCCUCCUUAUUGCUUUUUAAGUUUGCUUAGAAAUGAAGUUAUACAAAAGGAAUGUAGAAAAUAUAACAAUUCCAUCUAAAGGCUAGUGUGAUAGGGUGGGCAAUUUAGAUUUCAUUCUGUCUUGUACUAGUUUUCUGAUAUUAAGUUACUUAAUAAAAAGUUUCCGGCCGGGCGCGGUGGCUCACGCCUGUAAUCCCAGCACUUUGGGAGGCCGAGGCGGGCGGAUCAUGAGGUCAGGAGAUCAAGACCAUCCUGGCUAAUACGGUGAAACCCCGUCUCUACUAAAAAUACAAAAAAUUAGCCGGGCGACGUGGCGGGCGCCUGUAGUCCCAGCUACGCGGGAGGCUGAGGCAGGAGAAUGGCGUGAACCCCGGGAGGCGGAGCCUGCAGUGAGCCGAGAUCGCGCCACUGCACUCCAGCCUGGGUGAAAGAGCGAGACUUCUUCUCAAAAAAAAAAAAAAAGUUUCCUUGAGUUUUUUCAUAUAUGAAAUAGGGAGAGUUAAUAGAGAUACAACUGUCUCCAAGAUGUUAAAACAAUUUCUGUUACAUUUUAAAUAUGCCAUUUUUCUUGCACAUCAUCUACCCCUAAAGAUGUCACUUCAGGGCAGACCUUUUUUACUUUCAGUCUUCAGCAUCUUUAUAUUGUGGUUCCUAGAUAUCCAGACGGGUUUGGAUCUUUAUGUAAGCAGCAUACUUAUUACGUACUUUUUAUUAUUGAUAUUUGAUCCAUCCUUCUUGCAGUCUUCAUUUUGAAUAAGCUACAGAACUUGAUACCGGUAUCAACUAGAGUUAACCAUUACAUAUCUAGAUAAAUAAUAAUGAUAAUGAUAGUAUCAAUUGUCAUACAUAUUAUUUCUUAUAGACAAGGUUCUAGCUAAAAUACUUUAGACUUGGUAUUUUAUUUUUCAAAACAACACUGUAUUAUGUACUUAUGCUCUGAUAUCCUCCAGCCUAAUUGUUACUCAUGUUUGGUAAUUUAGUGAAUAUCAAAUAGAUACAUAAUAUUAGAUUUUAUAUAACUGGUGCUAUGAGUAAUAUUUUCAUAGUGCCAUUUUCAUUAAAAGUGUGUCCUAAUGUUAUCCCUAAUGCUAUCCCUCCCCUAGACCCCUAACCCCCGACAGGCCCUGAUGUGUGAUGUUCCCCUCUCUGUGUCCAUGUGUUCUCACUGUUCAACUCCCACUAUUAGUUAGAACUUGCGGUGUUUGGUUUUCUGGAUAGCAUUAGGAGAAAUACCUAAUGUAGACGACGGACUGAUGGGUGCAGCAAACCACCAUGGCACGUGUAUACCUAUGUAACAAACCUGCACGUCCUGCACAUGUACCCCAGAACUUAAAGUAUAAUAAAAAUGAAUAAAAUAAAACAAAAGUGUCGUGUCAUAUAAUAGAGCAAAGUCCUUUGUUUUCGGUUUAAUUUAAUAUUUAGGACAAAAGCAAAUUUACAAAUUUGACACCUAAGACAUUUGUACUGUAGAAAGAACGUAAGAUAUAUGUGAGAGGAUUUUGACUGAAAUACACUCUUGGAAACUAUAUAAUCUUGGAAAAAUUGAACUAAUCUGUAAAUUCCUAUAUUCUUCCAAGAAAAAUAUGUAAAACAGGAUAACUUCACAAUUCAUUAGAAAUAAAUUAAAAAUGAAUUUAAAAAGUAUUUUUAAAUGUCAAAGUAUUAUAUAUAUAUUUUUUCACGGCAAUAUGGAUUUUUCAAAGUGGAACAGGACAUAUAUGAGUAGAUAAAAUAUUAUAAAUCAAGAAUAUAAGUCAAGACAUUUGAAUUCAACAGAAUGCCCUUUCCAUCCUUGUUUUGUGUUUUGGGAAGGUGGGGUGGCUUUUUUCAAGAUGAGCAACUAAGGAAAGCUGCUGGUUUUCUAUUUGUGAGCAGUAGGGCAGUAAAAUAAGUGAGGUAAAUAUUUUUGGGAAGAAAGUUUAGUAUUGCAAAGGCUGGCUCAAGCUGUUCCCUUAUCAGAAAUAGUGCUUCUAGAGUAUCAACAGGAGGAAUAGGAGCAUAAAAUACAAUUUUUACUCAACUAAAUUAAUUCUGUGCCCUUUUCCCCCUCUAUAAAUUUCUCUCCAUAUCUUCCCAUUCUAUAUAUAUGCAUAUUUUGUUUUUUUUUUCUCCACAUGAGAUCUUAUUAUGUAGUAAGGAUUAGAAAAAAGGAUGUCAAUAUAAUACUUCACUUUAUUUUGUAAAUCUGUUUUCAAUCUCUGAUUUUUACUGUGUCUUAAACUGUUCAGGCUGCUAUAACAAAAUAGGCUGUGUAAUUUAUAAAUAAUAGAUAUUUAUUUCUCACAGUUCUAGAGGCUGGGAAAUCCAAGAUCAAAACACCAGCAGAUUUGAUAUCUGGCAAGGACUCCCUCUCUACUUCAGCGAUGGUGCAUUGUUGCUAUGUCCUCACAUGGUGGAAAGGAGCAAGGGAGCUCCCUGGAACCUCUUUUAUAAGGGCACUAAUCCCAUUCAUGAGGGUGGAGCCCUCAUGGCCUAAUCACUUCUCAAAGACCCCACCUCUUAAUACAAUCAAAUUGAAUAUUAUGUUUUAAUAUAUGAAUUUUGGGAGGACAUGAAUAUUCAUAUCAUAGCAGAUGGCACUUAAAAAAUUAUAUGCUUAGUAUUUGAGAAGUACUCAGCAUUUCAGAUUUAUUGAACAUAAUUUCUACUAGAUAAGGUUCCUUUAUUUCAGGCAUUUACAAAUUUCUUAACAAUAGAGAAUGUCUUGAUACUUGUUUCCUAUGUUUAAGCUGAGUGCAUUUGCAGGGCUUUUGGUGGGGAAUCUCAGAAUUUCAGGGUAAGGAUUGUUUUUCUUAUGGCUAGUAUGGCACUUGGUCAGUAGCAUUGUUUAGAAUUUAUACUUGGUGUUGAUUUCUAGAGAAGUGGUACAUUAAAUGCAACUGAAUAAAAAUUAAAGACAAAC